UGCGCGCACUACCAUCCCUUUGUCUCCCUUCCUACUCCUUUCCCUGCCCGCGUCACGCGGCACUGGCUCUGCAGUCACGUGCCGGGGGCGGUGGCGGCAUGGCGGCGCCGUGUCGUGCUUCGCGGGGCCGUCGCAGAGCGGUGACGCCGUGGCGGGGCGCGGGGAGGAUGGGGCUCUGAGGGCGGCCACCGCGCCGGACACCCCGCGCCGCGCCGAGCGGGAGCAGCGGGUGCCGCGCCGGGGCUGCGGGCCGCCACAGACCCUGCCGCUGCCUUGAGAGUCGGAGAAGGCGGUAGUGAAAAAGAAAAUAUCAAGAUGAGUAAAAAGCCUCCAAAUCGUCCUGGAAUCACAUUUGAGAUUGGUGCUCGUUUGGAGGCACUGGACUAUUUACAAAAAUGGUAUCCAUCUCGUAUUGAGAAGAUAGAUUAUGAAGAGGGGAAGAUGCUGGUCCACUUUGAACGUUGGAGUCAUCGCUAUGACGAGUGGAUAUACUGGGACAGCAACAGGUUGCGACCCUUGGAGCGACCAGCGUUAAGGAAAGAAGGACUGAAAGACGAUGAAGAAUUUGUCGAUUUUAAGCCUGGAGAAGAAGUCCUAGCUCGUUGGACAGAUUGUCGAUAUUACCCUGCGAAGAUUGAAGCAAUUAAUAAAGAGGGAACGUUCACAGUACAAUUCUAUGAUGGUGUCAUUCGAUGUCUUAAGAGGAUGCAUAUCAAAUCUAUGCCUGAGGAUGCAAAAGGGCAGGCGCGCGAGAGGGAGCAGAUAGCGCCGGAGCUGAGAUUAGUGACGGAAGUCGAACCAAAAGAAGAUUGGAUAGCUUUGGUCAAAGCUGCUGCUGCAGCAGCAGCCAAGAACAAAGCAGGAACUAAACCUAGAACCAGCGCAAACAGCAAUAAAGAUAAAGAGGAAAGAAAAUGGCUUAAAGUUCCUUCAAAAAAGGAAGAAACAUCAACCUCUACAAUCAUGCAGGAAGUCCAAAAAAAGGAAGAGGAGCCUACAUCUAGUGAUACAUUUGUAGGAUUUCCUAUAGUGGAUGUUCCAAAGAUGGCCUUUGUGCAGGCAGAGAGCACAUUAUCACACAAGAGGAAAAGUAAUCUAGGCAACUCAUUUCAGGCAAAGAGAGCUCGUCUUAACAAGAUCACUGGUUUAUUGGCAUCCAAAGCUGUUGUUGCAGAUGGUGCUGAAAAAAAGGAAGGCAACAAAGAAACAGCUCCAGUCCUGGAGCAGGAGAUUUCACCUAAACCACAAAUUCAGAAAAAAAAUGAAGCUGAUAUUAGCAGUUCUGCCAACAUUCAGAAACCUGCACUGUUAUCCUCAACUUUGUCUUCAGGAAAGGCUCGCAGCAAGAAAUGCAAACAAGAAUCUGGAGAUUCUUCUGGGUGUAUAAAACCCCCUAAAUCACCACUUUGCCCAGAAUUAAUACAAGUCGAGGAUUUGACGCUGGUCUCUCAGCUUCCUUCUUCUGUGAUAAAUAAAACUAGUCCAUCACAGCCACUGAAUUCCCCUAGAUCCUACAAACAUAGCCAACGGAGAAGAAGAUCACAGCGUUUAGCCACUUGCUCGUUGCCUGAUGAUUCUGUAGAAAAAGUUUCUUCUCCCUCUUCAGUUACUGAUGGAAAAGUGUUCUCCAUCAGUGCUCAAAAUCAACAGUCAUCAAAAUUGGAGGUACCUGAUGUUGCUCAUAUGUCACUUGAGAAGCGUGGACCCUGUCUCCCUCUUGAUUUAAGCCGUAGUUCGGAAGUCACAGCACCACUAUCCACAGAAUCCACUUUCCGUAAUGAAUAUCCCAGUAAAGACAAGGAAGAUAUUCAGAUGAUUACAUAUCUUUCUUCCAAAGCAGUAACUGAUGGAAGAGUAGCUACGACAGUGUCAGCACCCUCGUCUCAUGUACAUGCCUUACAUCUGGAAUUGCCUUUAACCAAUAGUCUAAAGUUACCCAAAGGGAGUAGUAAAAAAAAGAGGUCUUCCACAUCAGUGAGCUCUGAAGGGACAGAGAUACAGUACUCUGUGCCCAUAAAGGAGAAAUGUUUUGAGAGUCUGAAGGAGAAAAUAUUAAAGAACGUGAUUGAGAAGGACAAGCAUUCAGAAGUUGGUGCAGUGAGAGUGGAAAGAAAAGGAAAACUGGAAGAGAAGAGUUCCACAACAUAUGGUAAAAAGAAAGAAAAGGAAAAGGAGAAAAAAGAGAAGAAGGAAAAAGAUCAUAAAUCAAAACAGAAAAAGAAGAAGAAAAAGAAGAAGAAAUCUAAACAGCAUGAUUAUUCAGAUUAUGAAGAUAGUUCCGUUGAAUUCUUGGACAGGUGCUCUUCUCCAUUGACGCGGUCCUCCGGAAGCUCUCUGACUUUGCGCAGCAUGUUCUCAGAGAAGAAUACAUCAUACCAGUAUCCGAGAGCUAUCUUGUCCGUUGACCUUAGUGGAGAAAAUCUUUCAGAUAUGGAGUUCUUGGAUGAUUCCUCUACAGAGAGUUUGUUACUUAGUGGUGAUGAAUACAAUCAGGAUUUUGAUUCAACUAACUUUGAAGAGUCUCAGGAUGAAGAUGAUGCUCUCAAUGAAAUUGUUAGAUGCAUUUGUGAACUGGAUGAAGAAAAUGGCUUUAUGAUUCAGUGUGAAGAAUGCUUGUGUUGGCAGCACAGUGUAUGCAUGGGAUUGUUAGAGGACAGCAUUCCAGAGCAGUACAUCUGUUAUAUCUGCAGAGAUCCGCCAGGAGAAAAAGGUCAUUCACAAUGUCAGUAUUUUAAAGUGUAUUGGGAUAAUGGGCAGAAAGGAGAUAGACAGGGUAUUCUCCUGAAAGGUCAGAGGUGGAGUGCCAAAUAUCUUUACGAUAAAGACUGGCUAAACAAUGGACACAUGUGUGGGUUAUCAUUUUUGAAAGAAAACUACUCUCAUCUUAAUGCCAAAAAGAUUGUGUCAACACAUCACCUGCUGGCAGAUGUAUAUGGUGUAACAGAAAUAUUGCAUGGACUGCAGCUGAAGAUUGGGAUAUUGAAAAAUAAACAUCACCCAGACCUUCAUCUCUGGGCUUAUUCGGGAAAGCGAAAAGAACAAGAUCAAAGAACUCUUGGGGUAGAGAAAAAGAUAGUGACUUUUCCACAUGCUGUUAAUCCAGCUGAAAGGACGUGUCACAGUCAAAACCAUAAAGAGCCACCUAGUUUACCCCAGAAAAUGGAAGAAACAUAUAUUACGAGUGAGCACAGUUACCAAAAGCCACAGAGUUUUGGUCAAGAUUGCAAAGCAGUCACUGACCCUAUGAGCUCAGAUGAUGAAGAUACAAGUAGUUUUGAGGAAGACCAGGAAUUUUGUUCAGAGAAUAAAAACUGUUUACAAUAUUCUUUUAAAGAUGAUGGCAUGAAUGAGCAGAAGAAUUCUGCUGAAGGAAACACUGUGUGUGUUUGUAAUGAAAGAAAAGGCUCAGAGGAACAAGUGGAUACACAUCUUCAAUGGCAGCUAAAUCUCCUUACCCAUAUAGAGAAUGUACAGAAUGAAGUCACCAGCAGAAUGGACCUGAUUGAAAAGGAAGUUGAUGUUUUAGAAAGCUGGCUUGAUUUCACUGGAGAACUGGAGCCACCAGAUCCUUUAGCAAGAUUGCCUCAGCUGAAGCGACGUAUUAAACAGCUCUUACUUGACAUGGGAAAAGUACAGCAAAUAGCAACGCUUUGCUCUGUAUGACAAAAGGAAGAAUAAAGAAAUAAAAAUAGGUUCUCUACGGUGAAUUUUCUUACUAGCCACAAGACUGAUAGGAAGACCACAAAAAGCUGAGCAUUUAUAUUGUUCUUUGCUGAUUACAUUAAUAGCCUAAAGCUUUAGGGAGUGGAGAGGAAACCUAGAGUAAGCAAUCUGUUACACUGAAAAUCUAAAUAUUCAUGUUCAAACCUCAAAAUACGAUGUAUUACAUACUGAGAAAUGUUGCUAUCUCAACAUGAUAAACAAGGAAACUUCUGCAUACAAGAAAGCUGAACAAAAACUCUGCAAAGAACAGUUCUGCUAUUCUGAAACAUUAGGCGGAAAAGUCUAAAUUCACAGAAUUCAGCUGACUAAAACAUUUUUGAACUGCGUUUUUACACAAUUCUUCUCAUCAGUAAAAGACACAGAGAGAUCUGCAUCCUCUCUACAAGAAAAGUUUAUAGAUUAUUUCCUUUUCUCAUGAAUGUUCAGGAAAAAUAGCGUACUAGCUUUGAUUUUGAAAGAAGCUACUUGUCACAGUCUCCUUUUCAAAGUAUUUUUUUAAAAAGAAAAUUUUAUUACUGCACCCUUAGGCUCCUUUAAAAUGUAAGUGGCAAACAGUGGUCAGAUGUGCCAAAUAACGUUACAACCACUGGAAUGAGAUUUUCAUUAUGGCUUACAUGGUUUUUUCCAUAUUCCUACUUGGUGCCAGCAAUCCAUCCAAAAUUACAUCUAGUUGGUAUUUUUCAUGUUCUGUGGCAGUAUUCAGGAUUCAGAGUACAAUUUUUGUCCUGGGUAGCUCUGUUCUGGUGUUACUUCACCGUCCUCAGCUGGGAUGAGGAAUGACAAGAGCAGCGAAACUGUCUGUGGCUGUCAGUAUACUGAACCACUAGAAUAAAUACUGCAAUAUUACAUUAUACAAGAUUUAUUUUUUUUGGAAAAAAAAAAAAAAAACAAAACUUCCAGCUUCAGUAAAUGCAACAUCAUGAAACCAAAGGCAACCUAGUUGCUCCAUUAGCUUCUGCUGAUUUUUGAGCCCAGGACUUUCCUGUGCUUAUAAGUUGCCACUGUACCCACUGCUACAUACAAACUUGUAUGUGUAUGUAUAUGCGUAUACAUACGCAUAUACAUUUAUACAUACUAUAUACGUUUAUAUCUACACAUCUAGUUUUAUUACAAUAGACUAUAAGAGCUGGUGGUUAACAUAAAACAUUAUCUUUUAACAAACAGUUUCUAAAAUUGAAAAUAAUGUAUGUACAGGUUUUGAAAUUUGUAAAAUAUGACUGUUAAAAGGAGGCUAUUUAACUGAUGACAUAAAAUACUUGAACAUUUUAUGCCUCACAUCUGUUUAUCAGUUCUAGUUAUCUGUAUAAAUGCAUUUUAGGACUGAUAGACAGUAAACUUGAAUUUACCUUUUGAUAAAAGUACAAGCCACUGUACAUUCAGAAAUUAUUUAAAUUUACAAACACACUGUUCUAUAUGUAAGGUACUGUAUGUAAAACUGUUUAUUAAAACUAUUCUGCGUACUCUACAUUUUCAAUUUUUCUUCCUGAUCUACAUACAAAUGUGUAUUAUAACUAUGUACAGACAUCAAAAAAAUCUUGGAAUGCCUUCUGAGGAUUCAUAAAAUUGAAACAUGUGCCAAAGAUGGUUUAACUGGGAAAGACUACAACUGUGCACUGAACUUUCAUGAUAAAAGCAUUACUGAGACAGUAGCGUGGCUGCUAAAAAAAUCUUCCGUGACAUUUCCUGUCUGUCUGUCAUGUCUGAAGUAAGUUAUCACUCUUGAUGUCCAAAACAAACUGUAAGCCCAUGUUACAGAGUGGUUGCUAUUUAAAACGUCUUGCCACAUCAAGCUUAUAGGAGACAUUGCAGAGCUAUAUGAUAAUGUGGAAGGCAACUGUAGAAUCACGAUUGGCAACUUUGCAAUACAACAGGGGAAGUUGUUGACAUUUUUAUAACAACUGUUAAUAAAGAAAAUACUCUGUGUUAUAUAGUCGGAUGCUUAAUGGCUUAAAACAAUGUGAAUAGUUGAGUGACCUACUUGCUUUUUGGUGUGUGAGACUUCUAUUCACUUGCUGCAUAUCCUUGAAUGCCUUGCUGCUUGAACUGUGUAAGAGUAGUGUAAAUCCAGUUGACUUACUUUGAAACAAAGUGGAGUGUAUUUACAUACUUAUACAGCAUACACUGUAGCAAUAUUAUGCAGUGUGUAUGUGUGUGAUAUAACUAUAAAUGUUGUGGAAGGUGGAGCUGAACUAAGAAAUUCCAGGUGGGAGGAACAAGAUUGUCUUCUUAGUGCAGAGGUGGAGAAAUGAUAUCUGAAAAGGAAGUCGUGAGGUCGGAGUUAACGUUGCCUGUGCAGCUUUAACUCGUCUUCUGUUUGUGUUUGCAGCAGUCUCUAAAUUUACAUGAGUACUCAACUUUAUCUCUCAGGAUCCUGCCUUAUUCAGGAUGGACUGUGCUUAUCAGAACAACUAAUCUGAUUAAUAGUUAUUUUUUGUCUUCAUUUCUUGUGUAGUCAAUCAUUAUUAAUAGAUACAUACCUUGCAAGCAUUCACAAUUUGUAAGAAAAUAUAAUUCCUUAUGGGCGAUGCUGUGAUACAUUGUGUAUUGCUUGAAUACUUCACAAACUUGUCUGACUUCUCUUUCACAAAUUGCGAUGUUAGUUUGUGGCACCUGAACAUUCGUUUUGGCCCCGGUUUCUCAAGUACUCAAGUCUGUGGGAUACUUUUGAAGCAUCCCAUGUUGUUUUAAACACAGGUCAAGUGCCAUAAAACAGUUGAAUGUUAUGCAUGGAAUGUAACCUACAGCUGAUAGCUUUACUCAUUUGUCAGUCAAACUUGAUGUAGUCUGAUUCAUACAAAUGUCUUCUAAUUGGCCUUAUCAAGAGAAUCUUUUUUCUCUGUGCAUUAUUUUCCAUUUGUCUUCCUGCUUCCUCAGUAAUUAACCCAAGGAUCUACACACAAUCUAUUUACAGCCUCAGUUAUCUGGACAUGAAUUUCAGUUUCUUGUGGUGGUUGAUGGAGGAGGCAGACUGCUCUGACGAGAAAAUAAUAGUUUGUGGUGUUGUGAUGACUGUUUAUGAUACUUGUGUGCAGAAAAGACAAUUUUAAAAUUUUCAGCCUUCCUUUAUAAGUAAUAAAAAAAAAAGAGAGAGAGAGAGAGAGAAAUACCCCAGUACCUCUUGUGAGGCUACAAUACUAAAUGGCAAAAUUGUGGAGCCUUCAAAUGCUGAACUUUUUGUCUGAAAUUUGCCCACACUGUUUUCUCACAUGGAGAUAUCAGGAAUUAUUCAUUUCAAACCCUUCUUCCUGUGACAGUAUUGAAGGCAUCUGCAUCAUUCUAAGUUGCAAUGAUGGACAUCAGUAUUACAGUCAUAAAUGGAAUUCAGUUUUGGUGACAUAGGUGGCCCCUAGUACACGUUUUCUGAUGAUGUUGCAGUUAUAAAAUAAAGAUACUUCAAAUCAUAUGUCAGGAAAUGGAUUGGAAGAUAGUUCCUACUGACCCUUUCCUUGGGUAACUGUGGGGAAGCUAGUGCCCUGUUUUAGUUAUUCUGAUUUACAGCUGCAGAACCCUGUAAUUUUUUCUUAGGAGACAAAUUGCAAUUUUCUGGUAUAUUUCUUUACUAGCUUGCAAAGAACUGAAGCUGUUUUUCCAUGGGUGCAGUCUUCUUGUAAAGCAGACAUCACCGUGUUGAUUAAUUUAAUAUCUGAGCUUCUGCUUGCUCUUGAGCUCCUUGCUUUUUUUCCUAGUUAUGUGGAGAUGCUGAUGUGUGAAGGGAGUGCGUGCAAUUAUGCCAUCUAUUUGCAAAUGAUACCUGCCUUUGCCAUAUCAGUUUAAAAGACUGGAACCUUGUGUUUUCUCUCUGCUGCUUCAUUGUGUUGCAGUCUGUCAGCUUUAAUUUCACAGUGCUUAUUAAGAUGAAAGCUUAAUCACUCUCUAAAUGUCCAUUGCUAUCUUUGUGUUUGAUUAGUUGCUACUUUUUUCUCUUACACUGAGUCUGUAUUGCUAUAGGUGAUCAUUUUACAAAGUUUUUAUUACACUGUUAUGUCCUUGGUGCUGGGUAUAGGGGUCUGUCUUUAGCAAUAAGAAUUAUACACUAUGUGUAUAUAUGUUUAUGUACGGAAAAUGAGACGGAGCAUGUAAUGACUGUGAAAAUACACUGCACAAAGAGCAGAUUGAGCAUUUGGCAGCCAUCCUGCACCAACCUGAACAACUCAAAUGAAAAAUUAGAGACCGUGUGGAGAAAAUGAACUAGCAUGAAAAGUCCUUCAGGAGUGAAUCUCCGUUUUCAUAUACCCGGGGCUGUGUGUAAGCUGUAGAUGAGCCAGAGACUGAAUAACUGUGGUUAGUUCAACUGGUCUUCAACCAGCAGCUUCCUUUGCUGUAGAACUGGCAAGAGCCACCUUGUUCAGCUGCAGCCAUGGGCAUCAGUGUAUUGUCACCAAACACUCUUGAGAGAGGCAGCAGUGCACUAUUAUCUUCUAUGAGAUACACAAAAUACUUUUUUUUCUGUGAUUUAUUUUUUAUAAUAGCAAUAAUGUUGGCUGCAUUCUAAUACAAUAAAGGUCGUUGAGAUUGUUA